UUUUAGAUUUUAUGUCUGGUUGUUCUGAUUGCCAUAGCGUCGGCGCGUCCCCAAUUUCCAUUCGGAGGAUUCGGAGGAUUUGAACAGCAACAGCAGCAACAGGACUUAGGUGGUUUCGGUGGAUUCGGUGGACAGCAACAGCAGGAAGGUUUCGGAUAUGGUGGCGGAUUUGGUCAGCAACAGCAACAGCAAGGUUUCGGUGGUCCCGGCUCCUUUGGGCAGCAACAACAGCAGGAAGAAUUUAGAAGUGGUGGCUUUUUCGGUUAA